AUAUAUGAUAAUGACCAAUAAACUUUAGAUGAUGAUUAUGAAUUGAUUGAAUAGAUAAUAGCUGAGGCUUAUUAAUGGUGAAUAGCUGAAUUUUUGUUUACAAAUCAAAGUAGGUUACAACAAAUUGGUGGGAAUUUUCAAAAUUUCAAAAUUUGAACAUAUCACAAAAAAAACAAUUUUUUUUUUAAAUCAAAUUCUGUUUGGUUAUCAAAGGGCUGCUGUUAUGAUUUUGGACUAUGAAUGACUCACACACACACACAAUCAACAACAAAUGUCCAAUGGAUUCAAUUCCAUUGUCCAAAAUCUUUGUUGUUGUGUGUGUGUGUGUGUGAUUGAGAAUCCAGGUGUGUUUGUGUGUGUGUGUGUGUGUGUAUGCAACAAGUAGUGGCAACGUAAAAUUGGAUUGGCAAUUUUUUUUUUAUUAUUCAAAAUUUUCUUUGAAAACAAGUUUAUACGAUGAAAGUAAUGACAUCAUUUAUUAAUUCAGCGCGCGCAUAAAAGUCACAAUAUACACAUGAGUUUUUUUUUUAUUUCGGUUUCGGUCAUUUGGGUUCGAUUUGUUGUAUUUUUUUUUUUUUUGAAAUUGGUGACCAAUUUUUUUUUUGCUAAUCGUUUGCAUGAUGACCAACGUUAAAACUGAGCCAUCAUCAUCAUCAUCAUCAACGACACUAUCGAUAUCAUCAUCGAAUCAAGAUAAUUCUACAGCAACAACAACGGCUGGAUCUGUAACCGACAAAAAUCCUGGCGCUUCAACAACGACCAAUGAUUUACAAAAUAAUUUACAACCUACUCCCGGUAGUUUGAAAAAUGUUAGUGAUCGUGUAUUGAUUGCAAAAGCUAAACUGGUCGAAUCACCAUAUGAUUUGGAUGCAUGGAAUAUUCUCAUCAAAGAUGUUCAGAAUAAAACUCCAGAAAUUUCACGCGAACUAUAUGAACAAUUGGUCAGUCAAUUUCCAACAUCCGGACGAUUCUGGCGUUUAAGUAUCGAACAAGAGAUUAAAUGUAAAAAUUAUGAACGUGUAGAAAAGCUAUUUCAACGUUGUCUGGUCAAAGUACUCAACAUUGAUCUUUGGAAAUGUUAUCUUAAUUAUAUAAAAGAAGCUAAACAUCAUCUACCAUCAUUUCGAGAAAAAAUGGGCCAAGCAUUCGAUUUUGCAUUGGAAAAAAUGGGCAUCGAUAUCCAUUCAUAUUCCAUCUAUAAUGAUUAUGUUCAAUUUCUUAAAGGUGUUGAUGCCCAAGGUAGCUAUGCGGAAAAUCAAAAAAUAUCGGCUGUUCGUCGUGUAUAUCAACGUGGCAUAAUCAUACCAAUGUUGAAUAUUGAAACAUUUUGGAAAGAAUAUCUAGCCUAUGAACAAAGUAUUAAUCCAAUGUUUGUCGAUAAAGCCAUUACCGAUCGAUCCAAAGACUAUAUGAAUGCCAGACGUGUAGCGAAAGAAUUCGAAGCAACCACUCGUGGCCUAAAUCGAAAUGCACCGGCUGUACCACCACAUUCAACACCAGAAGAAAAUCGUCAAGUUGAAUUAUGGAAAAAAUAUAUACAAUGGGAGAAACAGAAUCCAUUGAAAACUGAAGAUGUUACAUCGGUCAUCAAACGAGUUGUAUUUGCUUAUGAACAAUGUCUACUAUGUUUGGGUCAUCAUCCUGAUAUUUGGUAUGAAUAUGCAUCAUAUUUAGAUGAAAAUAGUAAAAUAAUGGCCGAAAAAGGUGAUAUGAAUCAUCAUAAAGCGCUACAAGAAGAUGUAGCAUCGGUUUAUGAUCGUGCAACAUCUACAUUGUUAAAGGAGAAUAUUCUGUUACAUUUUUCAUAUGCCGAUUUUGAAGAGUCUCGUAAUCGAAAAGAUGAAUCGAUUAAAAUUUAUGAGAAAUUACUUCAUAUCAAAACGAUUGGUUUUAAUCCAACUUUGACUUAUAUACAGUAUAUGAAAUUCACUCGUCGUACUGAAAGUAUGUCAUCGGCAAGAGCAAUAUUCAAACGGGCCCGUGCCGAUUCUCGUUGUGGUUAUGAGGUGUAUAUAGCUGCUGCUAUGACUGAAUAUUAUUGUAGCAAGAACAUGAAUAUUUCAUGUAAAAUAUUCGAAUUAGGAUUAAAACGAUUCCUACAUGAAGCACCAUUCAUAUUGGCUUAUAUUGAUUUUCUAGGCCAUUUGAAUGAAGAGAACAAUAUACGUGUACUAUUCGAACGUGUACUUUCAUCGGAUUCAGUUCCAAUAUCGAAAUCAUUAGAAAUAUGGAAUCGUUUUCUAGAAUUUGAAUCACAAAUAGGUGAUUUAGCCAGCGUUAUUAAUGUGGAAAAACGACGAUUAAAUGUGAUUGAAAAACUUCAACAACAACAGAAAAAUCAUUCCGAAACAGCAUGGCUUGUUGAUCGCUAUAAAUUUCUUCAUCUAAUGCCAUGUACACAGGAAGAAUUAAAAUCUAUUGGUUAUUUUAAUAUAAAUCCAUCAGCUGCAUCAUCAUCAUUAUCAUCAUCAUCAACAUCGGCCAUUUCGGAAUCAUUGGUCAAUGGCCAUUCAAUGAAAAUGUCUAUGGAUAUUGAUCGUUCAUCCAAAAGUCAUCGCCAUAAUUUAAAAAAUUCAACAAAAUCUUCGAUUCCUGUACCGAAUCUAUCACAAAUGGUACCAUUUAAACCUGUACAAAAUCCAGUCAAUAAUUUAAUGCCAGGAGGUAUUUUUCCUUAUCCACCAUCGGUUACAUCAUUAUUAUCACAAUUACCACCACCAUUAAGUUUUCGUGGUCCAUUUGUCAACAUUGAUGAAUUAAUGUCGAUAUUCAAAACAUCACCUGCUAUUUCAUUUCUAACUGAUCCAAGUAAAACAAAUUGUCUUAUGCCUACCGAUGCUAAAGGAUAUUUUGCAUUAGCACUUGAAGCUAGUGAUUCAUUCAAUUUCGGUAGUGGCAUUGGAAAUUCUGGAUCAUCUGGUACAAAACGUUCAGCUGGUCAAGCAUCAUUAAUGGAUGAAGAUGAUGAUGGUGAUGGUGAAGGAUCGAAUCUAAUGCCACCACAAUUUGACAUUUAUCGAUCAAGACAGAUGCAUAAAAAAUCGAAAAAUUUGAAAAAACAAUUAUAAUUAAUUAAUUAAUUAACUAUAUAUCAUCAACAUAUG